GACGUCGUCGUUUACCUCAUUAAAGUGGCUUUCAGAAAGAGAGAAGCGUCCAUUUCUCGCUUUCUUUCUAUAAAUUCAAACUACUCCUAAUCUCUAAACUACACUCCACAAACAAACAGCAAAAGUUAAGUUCAUUCACACAGAGAGAUUCUCAAUGGCAGGCCAAGCAGCAGCAGUAGCAGAAAAGCAAGUGAUGGUGGUAGGUAUCGACGACAGCGAACGCAGCACCUACGCAUUAGAGUGGACUUUGGAUCACUUCUUCACACCUUACGCCUCCGACCAUCCUUUCAAGCUCGUCCUCGUCCACUCCAAACCCACUCCUUUUUCCGCCAUAGGCAUCGCCGGCCCUGGAGCCGCCGAAGUUUUACCGCUUGUGGAUGCGGAUUUGAAGAAGAUCGCUGCCCGAGUUGUUGAAAAGGCUAGGGAGCUUUGCUCCACUAAAUCGGUGCAGGAUGUGAUAGUGGAGGUGGUUGAAGGAGAUGCUAGGAAUGUUCUUUGUGAGGCAGUGGAGAAACACCACGCAUCCAUUUUGGUUGUGGGUAGUCAUGGCUAUGGAGCUAUCAAGAGGGCUGUUUUAGGCAGUGUCAGUGACUACUGUGCUCAUCAUGCCCACUGCACGGUGAUGAUUGUGAAGAAGCCCAAAAUCAAACACUAAGAGCCACCAUAGCUGCUUCACAUAAAAAUGUAUUGCAGUUGGAUCAGUUAAGGGAUCAUACAUAAUAAAAAAUAAAUUUGAUGAUGUACAACGUGUUUUUCUAUCUUUGCAUUUGACAGUUGCUCUUGAACUGGAAUCUUUUACUCAACUCAACUUUGAAUGAUAUGUUGAUAUUUCAUUGUAA